UUCGACCGUUGCCAACGGUCAAAAACUUAUUUAUUUUUUUUUUUAAUUCUAAAUUUUACCCACUAUAUAUAUAUCAAUCCAUUUUCUUCAUUUUUUUAUAAACUUUCUACUACUUUCUAACCCACUCUCUUCUACUACUUUAUAAAAAAACCUCCACUUUCUCCUAUUUAUUUACAAGUAUGCAUCCAUACCGACCCCCGUUUGGUGGCCCCGCAAGACCCACGAACCCGAACACAACCCAACCGCAAACCCCGUACAACCUACAAGACAUGGACCCGAGCUUUUUAACUUACGCGGCUUUCUUGAGUGGCGCCUCUCCUUUUGUUCCUCCCACCUACGGCUUUGGUCAAGCCGGCGGGUCGCAACCGUCACAACCCGAACCCGAAUCCGAACCCGAUGUCGAGGUCGUGCCGGAGUCGCAACCCGAACCGGUGCAAGACAAAUCGAAACGCGGCAGAAGGUCGCAUAAAAAGAAGGAAAAGGAUGAGCCUCGACGUGCAAAAACAACCAUUAAAUGGACGAAGGACGAGGAAUACACGUUGAGUCGGGCGUGGCUCGAUAUUUCGGAGGACGAAGAUACCGCAAACUUUCAAACGGGCCCCGUUUUUUGGGAUAGGGUGCGUGCACUCUUUUAUAGCUCGUGGGGUCAAGGCGAGCAUCGGGACAAGGAUUCAAUUUCUAGCAAAUGGACCGACAUCAACAACAAAUGUCACGCGUUUCAAGAAGUUUACCAACGUAACUACGACAAUCGCCCGAGCGGUGAAAGUGACGUCGGGGUUUUAACAAAGACUUUGGAGGAGUUCGAUCGGACGAAAAGCCCUUUCACGUACUAUAAGUGUUGGGAGCUUCUACGAAAAAGUCCAAAGUGGGCGCUUGUUAAUCCAAUGACGUCAAGUAGUAGACGCCGGGCUAAAAGGUCAAAAACAUCAUCCUCCGCCGACCCGUCAACUCCGACAUCCGAUGCCCGUAAUGUUAAUUUAAAUGAAACGUUGGACGUCGACGAGCAAAUUCAAGAAGAGUUGGCCCGACCCACCGGUAGAAGAAAGGGAACGGGGAAAAAAACGGUCGAGUCGUCUUCCGAUCUCGAACUAAAGGAUGAUUUCGAGGAGAUGAACCGUCGUCUCCAAGAUAUUCGCGACCUCGGCCACAAACGUUGGGAGAUUAUGAAAGACCGAGUAGUUGAAACCAAAAAGUUCAACGAGUUGCAAGAGGCGCGACAAAUGGAAAAGGACAUUGAGUUUUUGUCCAAACCGAUCGACCACCUCCAAGGCGACGCGUUGAUCUUGGCUCAAAUGCGUCGCCAAAAAAUACGAGAAAAAUAUGGACUUUAGAUCAUCUAGUUUUUUUUUUUUUUUUUCGGUUAUUUUAAUUUUCUGUUUUUUUUUUCUGUUUUUUUUUUCGGUUAUAUUAAUUUUCUGUUUUUUUUUAGUAUUUUUUUUCAAGUAUUGUAAUUUAUAUUUUAAUUUAUGGAAGACUUUAUCUUUUAUAUUUAAAAAAAAAAUAAAUGUAAAAUGAUUGAGUGGGCAUUAUUUGGAUAAUGCCCCACUACACCUUUUUUUCCUAUAAUGCCCAAAGUGUGACUAGGCGACACGUGGCGGAUAAUGCCCCAUGUUGGGGGCAUUAUUCUUGAUUACCAUUACGCAUGGUCU